AUGUUGCGCCUCGCGGCCAAGCUGGCCGCCUUCUUCUGGAGGAAGGCGGACACCCUCGAGGAGGAGGCCGGGCGGCCGGAGCUGGAGCUCGCGGAAGGCGACACCAAGUUGAAAACUAUACAAGGUGUUGUGACAAGAUACUGCAGUGAUUAUGGCAUGAUUGAUGAUUUGAUCUACUUCUCCAAUGAAGCUGUGACUAACAAAGUGCUCCUAAAUGUCGGACAGGAAGUUAUUGCGGUUGUGGAAGAGAAUAAAGUGUCUAAUGGACUGAAAGCAAUCAGGGUAGAAGCUGUCUGUGAUAAAUGGGAAGACAACAGGAAGAACCACGAUGGGGGGCUGUCAGACUCCACCCCCCGCAUGCUGAUCGGCUGUGUGACUUCGCUAAUGGAAAGUGCCGGCUACAUUAACCAGACCACGUACUUCUCUCUGGAGAGUGUGUGUGAAGGUUUCCAGCCCUGCAAGGGAGACUGGGUGGAGGCUGAGUACUGGAUCCGGCCCGGCACGUGGAGCAGCGAGGCCAUAUCCGUGAAGCCGCUGAGGCACAAGCGUGUGGACAAGGUAGCGUGCCGACAAGCGGUUCUUCCCGGUUCUGCCAGACCUGCUGUGCGGGAUAAUUUUCAUGGCCCAGGAGUUUCCUGGAUGUGUUGGGAAGCCAAGAUAAAGUUUAGUCUUGGCCAAAGAGGAGCCUGUUCUCUUACUGAAAAGUUUUGUUUCCUUAAGGAAGUGGAGGCUAAUGUAGAGUGCUGGCAUGAUUAA